UACAAUUUUUUAAGGUAGCACGAUUUCAUAACUAAAAAUAAUACUAUAUCAAAAAAUAUUGCGUCAACUCAGUAUUCUUAUUAAGAAAAUACUUUUCAGUAAUUAUUAUUUCUAAAUACAAUGAACAAUCAAAUAAUACCUCAACAACAGUACGUGUUUGUUACUUUGAUAACAGCAGAAGUUUUUAUCAGUUUCAAACAAUAUUCCUAACUGUUAGCUGAAGUCAGAAUGUUUAAUUUUGACGCAUAAUAUUAAUUAUUUAGUGCUUUAUUGCAAUAGUUAUGUCGAUAAAUGAAAAUAAUAUGUCUCCAUCUUCUUCAUAUUCUAUAGAUGACGAAGAAUUAAGUAAUAAUAUAGGAAAUAAGGAUAUUUCAGACUCUGAUGAUGAAGGAAAAGAAAAUCGUGAAAAACGCACUGAAAUUCAAGAACAAGUAUAUCAGGAUAAACUUGCUGGAAUUCAAAAGCAAUUACAAGAAGGCACACAUGUUGAGUAUGUAAAGCAAUUAAAAAAAUUAGAAGUUCAACAAAAAAACCAUUUAUUAAUGAAUAAUAUUUGGCGAGAUUGUUUACUUGAAGCCAUUGAACGAGAAUUUGUUAAGGAACGUCGACUUGCACAUAAAGAGUUUGAUGACCGUAAUAAUGAAUUAACAGAAACUUUGGUAACUGAGUUGAAUGAGAGGAAAAAAGCUAUAGAACAUGACAAUUUGACUAUGGAACUUGCUCCUGACUCCAUAGACCAAAAACCAGCUAUGACAAGAAAAUUAAGAAGAAGACCUAAUGAUCCUGUUGUACCUGCUCCUCAAGAAAAACGACGUAAACCUCCUCCUGUAUCAAAUAUUUAUUAUUUGCUUGAUGAACGUGAAAUCGAACAAGAUGUCAAAGCUAUACAAGAAUCUUUAGCAUCAAUAUGCUCAAAUUCUUCUACAACAACUACCGCUACUGCUACCAUUACAACAACUAUUUCUAGCAGUAAUAAUAGCACAGCUUCAAGUAAUUCUACUACUACAACAACAGUAAAAACACGUGAUACUGUAAAUUCCUCAUCUGUCAGGAAACCAGGUUUUCUAAAUUCUGGUUCAUCAAGUGGGAACAUGAGUCCUAAAAAAAGUCAAAAUUCUGAUUCUGAAAGUUCAUCAGCUAUUCCAGAUACAAGAAUUGAAGAUGGGAAAUUAUUAUUUGAAAAAAGAUGGUAUCAUAGAGGACAGCCUGUAUUUGUUGAAGGAAGACAAAUGUCAAAAUUUCCAGCUGUAAUUUCUGCAAUAGGAAAUGAAACCAUAUGGGUAAAAAAAACAUCAGAUAAUAGCAAAUUUCGUAUAAAUCUUCUUUACUUGUCUAAAGGAAAAAUGUCAAUUAAACGUAGAGCAGCUGUAUAGAAAUUAAAAUAUAAAUUUUGUUUACGCUUUUAUUUUUUACUACUUGAUGUAAAUGGAUUCUUUUCAAAUAUUCCAAUGCUGGACAAUUAAUUUAAGUAAUGGUAAAACUGUAAUAAAUG